AUGGGGGAGCUUUUCCGGGAAACGGAAAUCCCAAACCAAAAGCGCUCCCCAAACUCGCCGCCGUUCCCCGCCGUUCUGUCUCCGAACCCAGCAUUGUCUCCGCCAUCUCUUGCCAUCUUCACUUCCGCCAUCGAAUCCCAAAAGCCGUAUUUGGAGUCUCUGCUUCACAAAACAGGGGCGAUUUUAUUCAGGGGAUUCCCUCUCGAUAAUGCUUCCCAUUUCAACAGCGUGGUGGAAUCUUUCGGAUUCGCCGAUCAGCCUUACAACGGUGGAGCAGCUCCCCGGACCCACGUCGUCGGCCACGUCUACACUGCCAAUGAGUCGCCGCCCCAUGAAAACAUCUCCUUCCACCACGAGUUGGCUUAUUCGCCGGAGUUCCCGACAAAGUUGUUCUUCUUCUGCGAAGUGGAGCCGGCAAGCGGCGGCGAGACGCCAAUCGUGUUGAGCCACGUGGUGUACGAAAGGAUGAAAGAGAAGCACCCGGAGUUCGUCGAGCGGCUGGAAGAGGAAGGAUUGGUUUACAACAGAGUGAUGGGGGAAGAAGACGAUCCUUCUUCCGCCAUUGGUCGCGGCUGGAAAUCAACGUUUGGCACCGCUGACAAAAUGGUCGCCGGCCAGAGUUGUAUUAUGGCUAGGGCUGCAAAACUAGGAAUGAAGCUAGAGUGGAUCAAAGAUGGAUCGUCAGCGAGAAUAAUAAUGGGUCCAAUCCCAGCAAUCAAAUACGACAGGCCGAGAGAUCGAAAAAUUUGGUUUAAUGGGAUGGUCGCAGCUUAUACGAUUAGUAGAGACGACAAUGGACAAUCUGACGAAUUGACAAAGGCCGCCGCGUUUGGGAAUGGGGACCCUCUUCCUUCCGAUAUUGUUUAUGAUUGUUUGCAAAUCAUGGAAGAGGAAAGCGUUGCAAUUCCCUGGCAAAAGGGAGACGUAUUGUUGAUAGAUAAUUGUGUUGUACUUCAUGCUCGAAAGAUCUUCACUCCUCCUCGUCGAGUUUUGGCUGCACUCUGCAAGUAG